CCGGGUUUCGGCGCUGCUCGGUAUGACGUUCUGGAGCUGAGCACGGAACCUGGUGGGGGUGCUCCACAGAAGCUAUGCCUGGGCCUGGGAGCCAAGGCCAUGUCCCUCUCCAGGCCCGGUGAGACAGAGCCCAUCCACAGUGUCAGCUAUGGCCAUGUGGCCGCCUGCCAGCUAAUGGGGCCCCACACCCUGGCAUUGAGGGUGGGAGGGAGCCAACUUCUCCUGCAGAGUCCCCAGGUGGAAGAGAUCAUGCAGCUGGUGAAUGCCUACUUGGCCAACCCCUCCCCCGAGAGGCCCUGCAGCAGCCCUUCUCCAUGCCAAGACUUGCCAGACACCUCCCCUCCCAGCCAGCACCCGGGCCUGGACGAGCCCCAGGGACAGUCUGGCUGUUUGGGGCAGCUGCAGGACUGAGCCUGCCAAGAGGUCAUGACCUCCCUCCUGCCUCCAGCCUGGGCCAGGACUGCUUUGAGAUUUGAGGGAACCAUGGACCCUUUUGGCCCUGCAGGGACAGGGCACACCCCACACCCAAAGGCUGCAAUGGGUAUGGACAAUUUUCUAGUUUGUUUCUUAAUUUAUUUGUAGAAGAGAAAAAAAAAUCCUUAUUUACACAAACCCUUCCUGUGAGAGUGUUGUCAGUGGGACAAGUUGGAGCCCCAUAGCCCAGAGCUCCGCCCCUGGGGACGCCCACACUCUGGGCUCUUACCAGGAGCUGAGGGGAGUCUGGACACCACAGAGCUCCACCCUCCUUGCCCUUCUGGAUUUAACCCCCUCCUGACAAGUAUGCUGCCACAGUGGCUUUGGAGCAGACAAAAAAAAGCAGUUCUGAAAGCCUGGCAAUUACCCUUCCUUCUCCCUUGAAAGACAUAGGGGUGGCCUCCUGAUGUCCCUGAGACUGGAGGGCAAUAAGUCAUCAGGACUGACACAGCCCAGUUCCUAUCCUGGUAUCCAACCCGUGGGCUCUGGUUGGGUUUUUCCUUGGUGUGCCUACUGCUUUGGGCCUGUAAUGAAGUCUGGGGCAAGAUCUCCAGUACAGAAAAAGGACUCAGGAUGGGCUGAGCCCUACUCUGGAAAUCUGCUUCUGUUCAACACGCUGGGUUAGGUCCCUGGGACUCUGAUGGUCCUGGCUCCACAAAUCCAGAGUUCCAGCUUUCAUGACCUGCUCAGAAUGCAGUGGGCCCUCCCUUCAAUAGACUCUCACAUUGCCCUGAGUGGAGGAGGCUGGGGCAAUGCUGGCCCGCCCUAGGGAAGGAGGUUAGGGACGAGAAAGCAGACCUCAGUAGUCCUGUUAUUUUGGGCUGAUUUCAGCACAACAGGCUGGCUGAAGG